CUUUCUUCGUCUUCCCUUCACUCUUGCUUGACCCCAUUUUCUCGAGAAAAGUUGAGAAAGAAAAGCUCAAUUCUUGUUUUCUCGGAACGUUUCGUUUUCAAUUCCAGCAAGAUCAUGGAGAUGGAUCCAUCAGACGUGAAGAAACUUGUAGCAAAUGAUUCUUCAGACUCAGCCGCAGAAGAAUCUGAAGAGAAGAAACUAAACGCCACUUCUGUUUCAGCUUUUGAUAUGAUACUCAAGUCUCUUUGGAAGAUUAGCGUUUUCUUAAGCGAUUUUUUGAUGAGUUAUGUUAAAGAAGCACAGCACAACCUCACAGAUGAUGAAUCUGUUCAUCCACAAGACAUACUUCGUAUCUUCCUUCUCAAAAAACUCAGUCUCGCUCAUCCUCUGGACGCAAAUGGUGUUUGUGACCUGUUUCUUAACAUCUUGGAGCAUCUGCCGCGCUGGAAUUCACACUUUGAAGUGAAGGAAGUGUCGAAAAAGAUUUGCAAUAGAUGCAAGAUGGGUAUGGAAUAUCCAGUUGAACGUUCUUUUGGUCUGAUCAUCAAUGCUGGUUCCCUCAGAGUAGUCAAGGCAUUAUUCGAGAAUCUUACAUUCGAUAAGAUCCUUCAGAUCAUCAGGAUAGAUCUUAAGAUGCCUUGUGAUAAGGAAGGAUGUGGGAAAAUAAACUAUGUUCAACGUAUGAUAAACAAACUUCCUACUGUUUUCACAAUUGCACUUGAGUGGGAGAACAAUGAGCCUCUAGGAGAGUUAUUCAAUACUACUUCUGUUCUGACAACUGAGAUAGAUAUCAAAACGAUAUACCUAUACGAAGGUGACAGUGAAUGCACUAAAUACCGUCUUGUCUCAAUGGUUUGCUCGCAUGGAGAUGGAUACAACUGUGUAGCUUAUGAAAACAAUGGAUGGGUCAGACAUUUUCGUUCUGAGAAAGAGGUUAUUGGAGACUGGGGUGGUGUUCUCAGCAAAUUCCGAGAACUGCAUAUUCGACCUGAGAUUCUAUUUUUUGAAAACGUAGGCUAUGCAGCAAGACGAGAUUGUGUCUGGGCAGAAAUCUGAAGGCUAAGAGAAGCUUUUUCAACAGUGUAGGAUUGGGAUUGAUGUAUAGACAAAAAGUGUCUCGAGUCAUAAGUACUCAAAACCUUAUACGAGUAUGGUAGAAAAAUGGGUAGGAAAGGGAUUGAUGUAUAUACCAAAAGUGUUGAGUCUUUAAGCCAAAAACGUUAUAGGAGUUAGUAGAACAAUGCUUUGGAGGUGUUGUUGCACCAUUGUGAACAGAUUUUUUAGUGUUUUCUUCCUCACAUCCUGAUUGUUAUGACGACCUGGAUGAAGUAGUUAAAUAUCAUUCUUCCAAAUUCAACACUUG